GCUAGAGAAGGUUGCUAGACGCUAUGCACACAACUGUCAACACCUGACGUAACAGUGCGGCGGCGGCACAUCUGGGAGUUGUGCAGUCAUCGGGCGAAAACCUUCACACAAACUGGGCGCAGGGUUGUGUGUGUUAUCUCAAGUACACUGUUAAAACGAUUGAACAUGUCGGGGUUGACUAUACCAAUUCACCCCUGUACGCACAACCCAACAGAAGCCUGGGACCAGAUCAGACCCUCACAGCGGGUAAUUAAGCUUAAUGUCAAGACUCCGACAACACCUCAAAAUGAUAAUAUGUUAAGGUUUGUAUGCAUGAGCGACACCCACUGCCUUACAUCGCACCUCCAGUUUGAGAUCCCCGAAGGUGAUGUUUUUGUUCAUGCUGGAGAUUUCACACGGUGUGGCAGUGCAGCGGAGAUUGAAGAAUUCAAUAGUUGGAUAGGUUCUCUGCCUCACAAGCAUAAAGUAGUUAUUGCUGGAAACCACGAGCUCAGUUUUGAUCCCAAGUUCACAAAUGGCCCAACAGCCCGACAACACCAUAAAAAUGCACAUACAGGUGGAGGACUUAUAAAUGAGAUCCCUGACUUGGGAAUGGAGCGUGAGAAGCUGAAGGCAGCAGUUGAAGAAGAAAAUACCAGCGACUUAAUUACUAAUGCUAUGUAUUUACAGGAUGAGCCCUAUACAAUAUGUGGCAUUAAGCUCUAUGGAACACCAUGGCAGCCAGAGUUUUGUAAUUGGGCAUUCAAUUUACCAAGAGGUAAGCUGUGCUUAGACAAAUGGGAUGCUAUCCCUGUUGAAACCGAUGUUCUCAUCACCCACACACCGCCCAUCGGCCAUGGAGAUUUGUGUUGCACAGGGGUCAGAGCUGGAUGUGUUGAGUUACUCUCUACUGUUCAAACCAGGGUCAAGCCCAAAUACCAUGUAUUUGGUCAUAUUCAUGAAGGUUAUGGUGUGACAACUGAUGGGAAGAUCAUUUUCAUUAAUGCCUCCACAUGUAACAUCAACUAUGUGCCUGUUAAUCCACCUAUUGUGUUUGAUAUUCCCAUUCCACCAGGGUUCUCAAAAUGACCACCAGGCUAAGGUAGCUAGUCAAGGUUGGUGUGAUCUCGGUACUGAGUCUGCAUAUUUGUUGUCUACCUAUUGAUGUGUUUUAAGUCUACCUAAAUGUGUAUUGUACAUAUUUUAAUUUCUGUAUUUUAGUUCAUUAAGUUGGGGUACUGUUGGGAAACAAGUUUGGAAAUGAAUUAUGGUGCAGUUAUUAAUCAAAUUAUUUAUGGGUAAUAUUCCACAUGCUAGCUUAUUAAUAUUGUACAGAAAUGUUGUACUGUAUAUAUAUAACAUAAUCCAGGUAGAGAACAAAUGGUGCUGAAACAAAUGGUGUUUACUAUUGCAUGUUCUAUUAAAGUCAAAAGUUAUAGGUUUUAAUUUAUGGUAAAAAAUUAAAUAACUAAACAUUCUGUGAAUUUAUUUCAAAGGAUAAUAUGGAUAUUGUAUGUUAUAUAGAUACAGUAUUUAAUAUAUUUAAGAAAGCAGGGAUCAGUUGGAUACCAUAAGCACUAAAGAUUUAUAUAGUAUCUUAUUGAUUUUUGGGUUUUAUUCAUCUUUGUACAGUAUCUGAAUUAUUUACUAUUGAAUUGUGAGUUCAUUUGCAAUCUUGUUCACAGAACAUUGUCUAUACAGAAUUUACUUUGUUGCUACAACUCAUUUUUAAUUCUUGAAUUGUCAAAGGAAAAUCAUCCCUACAUUAAAGGUAGACUAAGUAUGUUGUCAUUUAAAAGAUAGGGUUUUCUUCUCCAAGAAUGCUAGAAAUAGAAUUACAGUGUAGUGUGUGAUUUCUGGGAACAAAUGUGGGUGACAUACGGGAUAGAAUGAACAAUUUAUUGUCAGGCAAUGGAGAAAAAGCUCAUUGUCUGCCUCUCAGUAGGUGGAAACGAUAUUUACUGAAGUUGAAGUGAGGAGUUUUUAAACAAAAAUAAAGUGGCAAAAGAUAUGAUUAGGGAUGAGGAGCGGGUCCCAGUCAUGUGUGUUCUACCAUAGUCGAGUAGGCAGCGAGUGGAAGUCGAAAGUGGUUGGUGUAAACCAGUGCCUCAAAGUAUUGCACGAGUAAUUCAGUUAUCCAUGAAUGGUAUUGCGAUUCUUACAGUGACAAAAACACUGUGUGUGAGGGAUGGGUUCCUCUGUUUGGGGAGGGGGUAACAGCUUUUGCAUAUUAGUUGGAAAUUGUUUGAUGGACUGUAAACAAUUAAUUGAUAGUGUCAUUAGUGUAAAUAAAGGAAGAAGAUGGAUAACUCCGGAAGGGAAAUAACCUAGGUUGUAAAAACAAUAACAAUCUUGUUCCAGUGGGGGGCUAACUUGGAAAUUUUCUUAAGAGUAAUGUACACAAAAAAAUGGAAAGACACUGUCAGAGUUGUGAAAUGAAUGAAGUUUCUAAUACAUAAACUAUAGGAAUAUUAGAAACAAAAUAGAUGGCUUAAAUGCACUAGUCUGCACAUAAUCAGUAAACAUUAUUGCACUAACAGAAACAUGGCUGAAUGUAGAAAAUAGGGAACUAUUAUUUGAAUAUAAAAUAAAGGGAUGAAAGCUAUUUUACGCUGAUAGACAGAUUAGAUGAGGCGGGGAGUAGUAAUAUUCGUAUAUCAAAGAAAAGGAUAAAUCUAGUGUCAGAGAAGGAAUUAAUACUGAGCCACACACAGAAACUGUUUGGAUAGAAUAUAAAUAAUGAUAACCGGAGGAAACCGUAUGCUGGAGGAUGGUGAUAUUACUCCUCCCAGCUUGCCCUGUGAAGGAGAACUGGAACUGUGACAGGAGAACCCUUGAAGGUACAGUAGAAUGGAGCCAAAAGAAAUGUCCAUUAAGCAUGUAUGGCCAAUACAUAGAUGGGCUGGUACCAUAUCAGGCAGACGAUACCUGUGAUGUGCCCUGAGAAGUUCUGCAGGAUUUGCUUUCCAGGGUGUGCUACAUGCCUUACCAAAUACUGCAAUGAACAUCCAAUGUCUCCAAGACAUAGUUUGUGUUUGGACAAUGAGCAUGAGCCCAUGAUGCUGCUGCAUCAGCCAUCACAUUACCCCAUAUACUGGGGUGCAGUGGGACCCAUUGGAGAAACAUCUCUAACUCUGAGUGCGGAGAUUUUUUUCUUGGUGACAACUCUGUUAAGUUGGUCAGAUGUGAAUCUGUCAUUUGCAAUUAUAUAUUCUGUAAGGGCUUGGUAAUCCAAAUUUAGGUAACGUAAAUGAAUUUAUGUUCACUGUUUUCAAGUCAGUGGCAGGAGUGACUGGAUAAACAUAGAAAUAACUGUGUUGUACUAAAAACUGCAAAUUUGUAUAUGUCUAGAGGGGGCUGAAUGGUGGCUCCCUGAAGUUAGCUCAGGGAGGUAUUACAGCUCAGGUAUUACAGGCCCUAGGGGUCUGUAAUACCUUCUGAAGAUCAAGACUGGAACCUGGCCUUCUCUCUCAGAGGUGCAAGGAUCAGGGGAUUGUUAUUACGUAUUACUCUCUCAAAGGAAACAUCCAGAAAAUAAGUGAAGCAAAAUAGACAACUGCAAGUUGAUCCAAGAGGAGAAAAUGAAGCAACAAAUAACUCCACAACUGAUCCUCUCAGGAGUUAGAUUAAAUCCACUACUUACCAUGUUGUUAUUGUCCAAUCUUCCUUUUUCCUGACUCUCUCUCUUUGUUCAAUUUUCCCAAUUAGCAUAUAGCAAACAGCUCAGAGGUUAUUGGAGGUGGUAAAGUGUCACCCUUGCCAAGGUGUUGGUCUUCAUUGUCGAGAAACCAGCUGUGUCAGUGUUCUGGAUAUGGGUCAUGCUAUCAAUUCUUAAUUCAGGAAGAAUUUUUAAUCAUAAUGGUCACUAGCAUCAUUUCAAGUUCCCAAUGGGAACCGCAGUUUGAUUUGAGGGAGAAGGAAUCACUCUCCAUGUUUUUUUUUUUAUCUUGAUUCAUUCAUCAAUAUAAGGCUAUGUACUUGGUGGGAUUUUUAUUACUUUACAAAGUGUCAUAAAAGUCUAAAUUCAGACAGAGGGACAUGGGUUAGUCCAGUUGAAUGAUAUGCAGCCCUCUCAAGGGGCACCCUGUCGUAACCUGGCACCUUGUCACUAAUACAGUUCAUCUAUCACUGCCAUAAUUACAAGGGAUUACUGGAAUAUCAAAUUACUGUAUGUACUAUUAAAUGUGACCUUUUCUUGUUGCCUUCCUACUACCAUUGAAACUAAGCAGGAAACAUCUUUGACUAGAUUACGUAUUGGCCACAAGAUUAACUUGUGGGCACUUAAUGAAUCAAAGACCUGCACCUUCCUGUCAGAACUUAAUUUUUAUCUUAACCAACUCGCCUUGUAAAAAUUCUGAUUUCAAGGAAAUUGGAAAUUUUGCUUUCCUAUUGUUCCUUUCUGUCACUUGCACCUUGCUAAAAAUUCUCAGUGAAUCAAUUUCCGUUACCAUCGCUCAUCUUGUGUUUUCCUAUAGUAUUGGUAUUCUGAAUGACAACUUGGAACGUUGAAAUUUGUGACACAGGGCUGUAUAGUCUUCUGAGUUUGGCACUUUUUGAUAGUUGCCUGCUUGCUUGCUUCUACAAGUUGUCAUGUUACUUCUUACCUAAAGAAUAACAAAGAAAUUGUAGAUAAGAUAAUAAAAAUAACAUAAUUUGCUAAUUACAGUAUUGUAUUGAUGUAUGGGCUAAUGUGUAGGACUAGAAAGAGUAGAGAUUAACACAAAUGGCAUACAGUAAUGCCUCAUUUCCAGUAAAUAAUUUACUGUGUGGGCUGAUGCUAAAAUGUGAUUUUUGUGGUUGUGAUGUAUUUAUGUUUGUGUGUUCAAUGACUAGGAAUUUUUUACAUUUUUAAGCAUUAUGUACGUUUUAGUUCAGUGUGUAUUUUUGUCCUAUUUUGGAUGCUGAUAAGAUAUUACUGGGGUGUUGGGAAAGAUAAUGAGAGGAGCUCAGCAGAAAGAUUCUGGAAGGGAGUUUGGCAGAAAGAUUCUGUGAAGGAUUUGAUGAUAAAUUCUGUAAGGGUUAUGGCAGGAAAGCUUUUGGAUUGGGUAUGGUAGGACAGCUUUUAGAAGGGGUAUGGUGGGAAAGAAUCUGGAAGGGGUAUGGUUGGAAAGAUUCUGAAAGGGGUAUAUAUUGCCAAAGAAUCGGGUAGGGGUAUGGUGGGAAAGAUUCAUUAGCCCUUACAUGUUCGGAAAUAUUCUGGAAGAGAAUGGUGGGAAAGGUUCAUGUAGGGGUAUGGUGGGAAAGGUUCAUGUAGGGGUAUGGUGGGAAAGGUUCAUGUAGGGGUAUGGUGGGAAAGGUUCAUGUAGGGGUAUGAUGGGGGAAAAGGUUCAUGUAGGGAUAUGAUGGGAAAGAUUCUGGAAGGGAAUGGUGGGAAAAGUCAAGUUUUUGCUGUGGUCCAAUAUUUGUUCAAAUGGUUGGGAUUGUGAGGUUUGAUGAAUACAAGAUGUUGUGAGGAGUAAUUGUAGUAACUGGAGAUUAGGGAGUCUCUGGCAUGCAGCUACAGUAUAUUUUUCCCAUACACAAUAUCUUUACUUUUUAUUUGCAGUGUUUUCCAGGUAUACAUCCACCCCAUCUGCAAAUUGAGGGGCCUAAUUGUAUAAAUGUACAUUUACAGUAUAUGCAAAUUAAUUGAAAACAUAUUGUGUACAUUAUAUGCCAAGUGUUGGAUACUGUAGCUUUGAUUUACAUCUGUAUAAUGCCAAACAUCAUUAAACACAGUGACAUGUAGUAAUGCUUGUCAUGAAUUUGAAUACAGGUAUAUAAUUAAUUUAAUAACACUGGAAUCUAGAUAAUAUUGGAAAAAAUAUAAUACUUGGAGGAUGGUAAGCGAGUCUUGGAAUGGUAAGGCCAAGUUACUUCUCUGUAUAUAAUUGUGUUGUUGUGAGUGGAAGGUAAAAGAAUACACCACAUCAAAUAUAGGCAUGUAUUGUGCAUCGAUUGAAGUAAAUAUGAACACUAAGAAACACAAAAGUUGUAAGUAAACUUUUUAGAAGAUCACAUUUUUCCUGUUAGGGCUUUUAUUAAAUUUAAUUGAGUCCUUACAAGAAUACAUCAUCUUCAACAAAGUCUGCUCUUAAUUUGGUGCUUCUCUACAUUAUUGUCAACACUUUGGUCUCUGUUCAACACAAAGACAAAGCAGGUGUUACUAGGUUAAUUUCUGAUUUACUGGCUACAUCGCAGGCAUUUUUAAGCAAACUUGCUGCUUGUGUAAUGGAGGCAUUUUGUGGGAGGAUGCACAAGAAGAAAGUGGUAGAAUUUGCCUGAUUGAUCAGUUUAGUUUGCACAGUAAAUAAUAAAUUAUUCGGGUAGUAUUGAGAAACUUUAACUCUUGACCAAAUGUAUGUAAAUAAAAGAGCAGUUUGUAUGUGCUGAAAAGCUACAUUAGCUUGCUUGAUCCACUCCAUAUUAAAUGAGAAUGGAAUUACAGAUAAUAGAUAAAUUGUGUUUUAUACAAAUGUUUUAUGUAACGAAUGUCUUUCAAAUACAUAUACCUGUACUGUAUCACAUUUUCAUCCUCACUAUAAAUUGUUUACAUCGGGAACCUGUGAGGUAGUGGUUGGGAAUGUGUGUCAUGAGUGUAGCGACUAUUUGAUAGUCUUACUGCUCUCACACUUUACCAGUCAGCUAAAAAAAAGUAUUAUUUUUUCUAUGAAUACAUUAUGUGAAUAGGAGUUAUCCUAUUCUUAGCAUAAUAUAUCUUAUGGCUUUUUAUUGAGAUGGCAGAUUAUGAUUAUUACCUGGAUAAAUGAAGAAGGGUACCCAAACUAUUUUGUGUGUGGCAAUCAGUGACCUAAACUUUUUGCACAAAAAUGUUUUAAUCGAGCAACCAAUGUUUCAUUUGUUACCUCUGUACUGUUCCUCAAUAGUGAUCCAUUGACCUAGACCAAGUGGGGCCAAAGGACAAAGUGGAGGAGCGAUAGCAUGCAUUGUACCAAUGCUCUUACUAGUGCUGUAGUAGUUUUAGAACCUGUGCUAAACACAAAACUUUUUCUUUAGAAGUUUGAGGUAGCAACUUUAUAUAUGAAUUGUUAAGUGUAUUUAGAAGCUCAACAUUUUCAUAUGUAAAUUGUUUUAAUACAAAAUUUAAAUCCAUGUGAUCACUAUAUAUACAGAAUAAUUAUGGUCUCUUAUGAUAAUUUACUUACCAAAGAAUAGAAAAAUUGCAUGACUAUUAGAAUAAAUAAAGAUUAUAAUAAA